AUCACGACAACACUGUCACGGAAUAAAAAUCACAAAAAAAAAUCCAGCUAAAAACAAGAACGCUACAUAACCGUGUUGACAUUUAUGGGAAAUUUGUGAAUUUUGAUCUGGAAGAAAUUUGUUUAUACUUAAUUAAACAAAUUCUCAAAUCCUUCCCUUUAAAAUAGAUUUAAAAGCAAGAAAAUAUGAAAGAAAACAAAAUAUUGAAAUUAAUACACAUAGCAUGGCGUGAACGUUGGUCGGACUCACAAUUUGGUAUUAACAUAAAAAAUGUAUUACCUCGGGGAGUUAGUGGUGAUGUUUAUAACUUGGCAGAUUCUAUAUUGCAACAAGCUUUAAUAGGCUCUACAGCCAAUCCCUUGGUUUUGAACUACUUAAAACAUUCAUUAUGUGCGCAUUUAGUUUCCCACGCAGCCGUCCUAAGACGAAUAGCUAAAUAUGAGCACUUUGAACGUUUGUAUUGCACAACAUCAUUACUUGAUUUUCUGGAUUCCGUUAUAGCAGGAGUAACGUGUCGCGCAAAGACUGAAGAGGCCAUUCUACCUGGAGCUCUAGUAUCUUUGAUCAACUGGCUAAUGCAAGUCUUUGCAAUGAUUACGGCACAUUAUGAGAUUCACCGCGAAUUAAAUUCAGAACAAUCAUAUAUGCUUGGUCAGUGCUGUUUAGUAAUUGAGAAAGUCAUCAAGAAUCAAUUCCUUAUGGCUAUAAUUUACGUGGGAUGUCAUGAAGACCCUGAUUAUUAUGGCCAGAUACGCGAAAGAUAUGCUGCCAUUAAAACUUCAUUGACAAACUCCAAUUUUAACCCGACUCAUCCGUCUAUCGAAGCAUAUCUACACCAAUUGGCUUACGUUGAUGUUCAUCACUUAGAUAUGCCUUUGUUGGAUAUUCAACCUAAACCAGAACCGGUUACUUAUUGUGUACAGCCUCUGUUAACAGUCGAUGUUCUCUUGAAUCCUUGCAACGAUACUUCAUAUUACGUAGCGAAAAUACAAAUGGUACAACGCUUGAAAAAAUUCUCCAAUACUCGUCUGUUCUACGAAAUUGUGCGAGCAGGCUUUGUAUCGUUAAGUAACGUUAUGGAAACUACACAUGAUACGAUGUGGGGCGCAUUUACAUUUUUUAAAGUGCCACAGAUCAUUAAGCAAUUGCAAGCUUUGAAUAGAGCUGUGGGAGAACAGACGCCUAAUGAUUAUAUACCUGAAGUGGUCGAGGCUAUUGAAUUAUUGCUCGAAGAUAAACUUUUACUGGAUUUUAUGGAUAGCAAAUGUUCCUGCAAUAUCAUUGAAUACCUCUUAAAUGAUUGGACCAAACAGCACUUGGUUAACGAUAUGCACGUUAAGCAUUUCGCUGCUCAACGGGAAGGUACUUCUGUACUUUUACAGAAACGUGACGCAAGUACACAGGCGCCAUCUAUCAUAAAUUUCAUAAUACGGGCUGAAGUUCCUCUUUCGGGGGUAUUAAAGACGUUAAGUACAGAUUAUAAUAAAGUUCAAGAAGCGUUACUAGGAGUCUUGUGCCAGGUGUUAGUAGGAAACAGUUUCGAUUUAAUUCUCUCAGUGGCUACCGUGGAGGGACGUCUAAAAACAUUUGUUUCACGCUUAAUACUAUGUAAUGAGAAUUCAAAACAAGUACCCGGUGAAAUGGGCAAAGCAUCAAUCAUACGUUCCACUUUAUUCGAUGUAUCAUUUCUUAUGUUAACUUUUAUAGUGCAAACCUAUGGUUCUGAUGCGGUCCUAUCAAACAAUGGAGAUAGUUUUUUUGAGAAAUGGGUUCGUGAGUGUAUGGUAGAACGUAACAAACCAAAAAACCCUCGCAAUAUGAUUGUUAUGUGUGAUGAAAAUAUGGUCGACGAAUUGUUACUGAAUUUAAGUAAACCAGAACCUCAACUUAAAAAUAUCAAUAUCACCUGGCAGGACGUAUGUUUGAAUUUGCCUGGUGUUCUAUAUCAAGUUUUGAUAGCAUGGGAGAAAGAGACACUAUCUUCAGCCGAUGUGAAAAAUAUUUUAGAUAAUAUCAAAAGGCGACUAUUCUCAUUUUCCGUAUGUGCUACAUCGUUUUUGUGUGCGUACAUGUGCUCAGUGAAAGAGAAUGAACUAUUGAAACCUUUAAAUAUGAUUCAACAAUUCCUGGCACCACCCAGUGCCGAAGAAAUGUCUUCACAGGAGAACAUCAAAGAACGAUUGGGUUUAUCGUUUCAAAUUAUACGCAAACUGCAACAUGAUGUACGACCUACGGUCAAUCCCAAGUCACGUAGUAUAACUUUAGUGCAAAAUUUAGUCUCACAAACGCCACUAAUGGAUCAAUUUCGAGACGUAUGGCGUACGGUUAACGAAAAUGGUUGGUUGCCGAUUCGAGCUGCUCAAAUAUUAGAAUCACUACUGCAUGCAGGCGGGGCUGCAUGGUUAACUACUCGUUUAUUGGAGGAAAUACUCAAGUGCAAAUAUAUUCACGAUAUGAUGAAAACUAUGGAUAUUGUGUUUGCAAUUCUACAUCUGGAUAUCGAACUCUCUACUGAAGCCUUAUUAACUCAAGUGGUGCCCGCGAUGAUACAAAAUCGUCAAGGAGAGGAUAUUGAUGAGCCGCAUUUACAUGUUCUGGCGCGCCUUUGCGUUUAUUGUAUUAUAUCGGCUGUGGAGACUCGUCAUUAUACAAAUUUUAGCUACCAAAAGAAACGCUCGCGAUCACAUGAUGGCGAUGACAUGGAUUUAAAUAAUACUGUUAAAAUGCGCAAAAUUAAUACAGAUAGUUCGGACAAUUCGUCUUCAAAUGACUUCUUGGGUGAUAGUAAUCUCUUUAAUACUCACGCCUCAACACAUUUAAGGAAUACACCCAACCAAUUGAAAGAAUCUUUGCAAAAUAGUAUUCAAUAUAUAUUCAAGAUAUUCCAGCAGUUUCUUCAAACUGAUAAACUCUCGUUAAAGGUUUAUUUUGUUUAUCAGUUUGUAUCGUUGUUGGUGGAAUGCGGUCAAGAACGCGUUCGCCUAGUAUUAAAUCUACUACCAACAAAUUUAAUUAAUAAUCUUUUGAAAGUAAUGCUUACAGAUCAAAUUAGCGUUGGUCUUAUAGCUCGACUUUACGAUUUACGUACAAGCUGUGGUCGCCAAGCUGCCGUUGCCGAUCUAACUUUAUGGCGCAAUCUUAAACUUAAAGAGCAAAGUAUACAUUUGUAAAACAAAAUAAAUAAUUGAAAACAAAACGAACGAACUUAUAUUCAGCUUAAAAAUAAUCUUUAAUAUUAUCCAAAUGUAUGAUGAUAUUUUUGAAAAAUCGACCCAUAACUCAAUUUGCAAUUUACAACCUUUGAAAAGAUUAGAGCAAAUGUAAAACCUCGGAAAUGUAAUUUAUCAACUUUGUAUUUUUAGUUCAUCAAAUGUGGGACAAUAAUUCACAAGUUCCGAUUUUCCAUUUACAUAAACGUUAUUAUUUUCAAUUCCGACUAACAGCAUCCUGAAUGGACUGUAAUUUUUCACACUUUUCAACAACUUUUUUUUACAAAUAUGCGACUGUCUGCAACUAAUUAGGCAACAAUCGGUACAAAUACUUGAAUUGCAUGUUUGCAAUGAAAUAAGUAUUAUUGGCCGCUUUUAGGCUUUUAUUCAGAUAACCGAAAUGUGUUCUUUUAAUAUAAGAUUAGAAAGGAAUUUUUGUGUUACUAUAUUGACGGCGUUUUCAUUUCCAUGACGAAAAUUCAAAAACGGUGACAGCACGUAAGCGACACACAAUCCCACUCUCACAAUGAAAUGGAAUUAUUUACACGCGGAAAUACCAAAAUCUGGUUAGAGAACCAUUGGAUGAUUUCAAAAGCUCGAAUCUGUCUCUAUGGCCUGCCUUAUAAGACGUUCACAAUUAGCAAAACACUUCAGUUGUUAAUUCUCUUGUUAAAUCAAAUUAUCUAAACUAUUGGAUUUGCGAUGCGUGAUGCGGGUUUAGCAAGAAUAAAUUAGUACAUUGCCAUUCCAGUGGG